AUGAUGCAAAAUCUCUCGAAGCAGUUGGUGGGAGGAAGUACAGGAGGGUCAUUUGAGAGGAGCACAACUCCUCCAUAUCGUCACCCGAUUAUGAAGUUAGAUUUACCUCGAUUUGAUGGAACUGGUCCUGAUGGGUGGAUUUUUAGGGUGCAAGAAUAUUUUAAUUACCAUGAGACUCCUGAUGAUCAACGAAUUCGUAUUGUUGCUUUCACGAUGGAGGGAAAGGCAUCGGAGUGGUACCAGUGGGCGAAGGGCAGCAAUAUCUUGUGUUCGUGGAGCGAGCUCUUACGACGAGUUAGAAUUCGAUUCGGGCCCUCCCAAUUUGAAGAUUAUGUGGGAAAAUUAUCUAAAUUGACGCAACAAGGCACGACGGAGGAUUACCAGGCUGAAUUUGAAUGCCUAAUGAACAAAGUGACAUCGAUUAGCGAACCUGUGUUGAUUUCGGUGUUCAUAGUUGGCCUAAAAGCUGAUAUUCAACGUCAGUUGCUUAUUUCCAUGCCCAAAACAUUGGUGGAAGCUUUUGCACUAGCGAGGGUUUAUAAAUCGAGGUACGCAGAGGCUACACCCAAGUACCGGGUAGCGAACCGAUGGAGUGGUAAAGUGGCUGGGAUCACAACCCAGAUCCGAAGUGAUAGUGUUCAGGUGGUGAAAGGAUCCAAAGGGUCCAUUCCAGUCAAGAAUAUUAAUCGGGCUGAGAUGAAGGAGCGACGACUCAAGGGCUUGUGCUAUAAUUGUGAUGAUAAGUGGUCUCCGUCCCAUAAAUGCGCUAAUUUGUUCUUGAUAUACGUAGGAUCAGAUGAGGACUUGGAAGAAAUUCCCGAGCCUUCAGAAGAGGAAGAGUUAACUAUCCAAGGAGAUGUUUCUAGUCUCAAUGCAUUAGCUGGCUCGGAUAGGCCUCGAUCGUUGCGAGUAUGGGGAAGAAUUAACGAGAAGCGUGUCCACGUGUUGAUAGACAGCGGGAGUACACAUAACUUCAUUCGGCCUGACGUUGCAGAACGCUUGAGGUUACCGGUGGAACCUAUAGCACCUUUUAAGGUUUAUGUGGGGAGUGGCGACUCACUAGUUUGCCGAAAUCGAAGUCUAGAGUUAGCUCUAGAGAUGCAGGGGACGAGUUUCGAAGUCGCACUUUAUGUAUUACCUAUUCAAGGGCCCGAAAUUGUCCUUGGGAUGCCAUGGCUUCGUGAAUUAGGAAGGGUUGUUCAUGACUAUAAAUAA